AUGGCUGAUGAUUCACGAAUGGAGAUGAGUGUUGAAGAGGCGAAAAGGAAAACGAAGACAUGCCUUGACUGCAAUGGCAAGGCCACCUCGGACAUGAUACCAUCCUUCAAGACCAUGGGGUGCACCGAGGAUGGUUAUCCUUUUCAAGGAACCUCAGGGUCUGGACCGGAACAUGCGGGGAAAUGCCAGGGACCAAGAUCCAAGCUCGCCAAGAUGAACCAUCGGCUCCGAGUGACCGAGUUGCCGAAAAUGGCAUCCAACAUCGACGGAACAAGGCUCGCCGGCAACGGAACUAAGCCCACCGUCGUGACGUCCUGGACAAUGGCCCGUACUUCCGGAUUCUGCCUGCUCCAUCACCAGAUUUAAGCAUGAUUCUCUCGUAAUGAACGUCUUCCCAAAUCUUGGAAAUCCCCUUGUGUACCCGCAUGUCGGGGUGUCACUCCGUCUCAAGACACCAUCAACCGCCAAAAUCUC